AUGUCGGCGAAUGCAAACAGAGACGAUGUAGUCUCCUCAGCGCGUGUCGCUCUGCUCUCUCGAAGGCUGAUCCUCUAUAUCAUCUCCAAACUCCGGUGCCCCGAAGAUGGCCAGGAUGCAGACCCGAAAUCCGCCGCAGGCUUCUGGAAAAACUUCUAUUCCUGGAAGCACUACUUUGCAUCCGGCCUGGGUGAUGAAGCUGGAAACUUUACCUGGUUGUCGCAACUUCGGGAGUACCAACGUGACUCUUUGCCGAUCCUCCGUCAGUUUUAUGACGGGACUGACACUGUUCGGGACGCCUUGCAGAAAUGUGUGGAAAAGGAUCAGAAUAUGUCGGCAGAGAUUGCUCUCCAGCAACCGCACAUGGCAAAGGUUGCAAACCUCCCGGACUUGAUCGCUCAGAGAGAGAUGAAAGAGAUGACACCGCCCGAAGCUGUCACUCAAGUGGUUCCAGUGGAGGAGAAAAAGGCCGAUGACACUAUCGAGGCACCUGCGGAUGGGCAGCAGUCGGAGUCGGAAGCAAAAGGGGCCGAGAAGCCCCCAGAAGAGGAGGCCGUGCUGGUGGAAGCGGAACCGGUCCCAGAGAAGGUUUUUGACGUGCGGGAAAAAUUCCCCCACUUGGUGCUGGCCGAGUUUCAGGUUGAUUUGCUGAAGCAAGUGUCACCGGAGACGCUCCAACAGAUGAUUGACCAUGCUGAGACUCGUGCAGGGCUUAUUCUGGACAGUGUAUUCGCAGUUGCAUGUGUCGCCUUCUUGUUGCUUCAGCUGCACAAACAAGGUCGGAAGAGUUUCGUGGACUUGAAGGUGCUGGGUAAGAAGGCUGAGAAGUACGAAGAGCUUCUACGGGAGUUCGCUGUUGAGUGGCCAAAACCUGGCAAGGUGAUGUACAUGAUGGAUGCCAAAAACUUCGGUGCAUGCAAAGCUGAGAGUGUUGCCAUGCCUCUCAGCAUGCUGAGACAGAUCCUCGACUUCGUCUUCCAUGCAGAGAAAGGCGUUUUCCGACCCUGCGACAUGUUCAUGUUCUUCCCGGGGAACAGCACCAAAUCUUUUCAGAUAUUGAAGAAGGAACUGAUUGCUCGGCUGAAACCCUUUCCUCAUGUGUGCCACAGGAGGGGGGUCGGGUACAUCCGCAUGCUGUACACAAACCGAGAAUUCUCCAUGGCCGAGCAUCCUCUGGGAAAGACACGAGUGAGAGGCUUCCUGCCGGAUCCUCUAGAGACCGUCCUGAUGGCUUUUGGCAAGGGUGGCAAAGCGGCCACCAGGCAGAGACGUUUCCUCGAUUUGCCCGGCGACAGCCGGGCCACUGGAAUAGCUGGUUUGCGCAGGAAGACCGCGGAGGAGAUGGCCUGGAGGAUGCAUCCCAAGCACUUCGACAGCAUUUUCUCUGGCUUCGUGACGGUUGAGGAUGAGCAGGAGGCUGAUGCCCAGGACGGUGACACCACGAAGCUUGGAGCUGAGACGGAUGUUCCAGAGACAGAGGCUGAGCCCAUGGAAGCAUUGCCGCAGCUUGUGCUGGAGAACCCGGAGGUGUGUGGACGGGAGUGGAUCAAUCUGUAUGCAGUCAAGGAGUCUGCUGCGGAUGAAGUGACCACGAUUGUUGACUUCAGCCCCGGCACCGGAGUCAUGGCCUUGGCAGCAGCCCGGGCAAUGGUGCAGUACACAGGGUUGUGA